UCUGAUUUGACAAAAUGGCCACCUAAUACUGGCUUCUGAUUGGUCGAAUUUCAGUUAUUGUUCAGUUUCAGUCAAAUUGAGUAUGUACAUGUAUUUUGGCACUACAAAAUCAACCAUGACAUCCAUUUAUCAUUUGACAAAAUUGCCACUGUAUAUUGGCUUCUGAUUGUUCGAAAUUCAGUUAUUGUUCGAGUUUGCUAAAAAUCCGUAUGUACGUGUAUUUCCGCACUGUGCUCUCAACCGUGGAUCCAUUUUCUGAACUGACAAAAUGGUGGCGGUAUACUGGCUUCUGCGUGAGUGGUCGAAAUUCACAUAUAUUUUGAUUUUGCUCCAAGAAUAGCAAGAAAUAAUCCAUUGGGACAAAUUGGCCUUGACCUUCACAGGAAAUCGCCAUGUCAACACAUACUCCCACGAGGUGUCGUACGCUAUCCAACAGUGACCUUCACGUGAGGUAUCCGUGUGCUAGACCGCGGUUUACCAAGGUCAAAUUAUUGGCGGCAACCAUUGUGGUCGGGUUGGUGAUGACCACAUACUGUUUAAUAUGGACAACGACAACGUCACAACCAGAUAAAUCAAGACUUUCAGAGCUUGGUCGACGAAUGAAGCUAAUCCGGAUGUUUUCAACGCCUAGCCAGAUCGAUUUACAACGCCAAAGAAAGAAACAUUUGAGCGUCCAUUGUGACGCAAUGGUUGCUAGCGGUAAUAUUAGCAUGUCAGUUAAUGUUUCUACACUUACGCACCUCGUUGUGGAUGACAAAUACCGCCUGCUGUAUUGCUACGUCCCGAAGGUUGGCUGCUCCAACUGGAAACGGAUCUUCUUACAUAUGACGGGAAUGUUCGACAAAACCAAGAAAAGGCCGGGAGAUAUAACACACAAUGAAACUCAUUUCAAAUAUGCCAACCGUCUCCGUUUUUUGACCGAUUAUUCCAUACCCGGGAUACAUGAUCGGUUACGAAACUAUCGAAAGUUCAUGUUUGUUCGUGAACCAUUGGAAAGGUUAUUGUCGGCAUAUCGGGAUAAAUUUGCCGGAGUUGGUCUCGAGGAUAAAACCUUUCAAAAGAAAGCAAAUAAUAUUUAUAAAAUGCAACACCCGGAGUCUCCAAUAAAGGGAAAUGUGAAAAAAGGGGAUGUUAAUUUUUUGGAUUUUGUGAAAUAUUUAGUACAGGAGAACCAGUUUCGAGAUGAAAGUUUCCAAUAUGACGAACACUGGGAGCGACAGAGUCAACUUUGUCUUCCGUGUCAAAUAAACUAUGACUAUAUAGGGAAGUACGAGACCAUUGAGGACGACGCCGACUACCUUCUAAAGCGUGCUGGACUAUCCAGGUAUUCAUUCCCUAAGAGGUCCGCUUUUUAUAAUGCUACGAGAACUAAUGAGACGCUUGUAAAUUAUUUUUCUCAAAUACCAAGUUUUUACCGAAAGAGAUUACAGAAAUUUUAUCAAUCUGAUUAUCUAUUGUUUGAUUAUAAGUUUCCGUUACAUUAAUUAAUAACGUUAAACUGAUAAUUGUAACUUUAUUUUUUUUUUCCAGCGCUAAGGGAUUAAUGAUAAUGUAAUUUUUGGACCGUCAUUCCAGAUGUUUGUUUUUUCUCAUUAGCUUAUACCGUUUUCCGAACGUUUGGACAACCCUCGAAUCUCUCUAGGAUUAACCUUGUACCGACUUAGCUGAGAUGUAUCCUGUUCGUUUAACUUUUAAUUCUAGCGGAAUCGUGUAAAUAAGGAGUGAUUGGAGUAAAGUAAAAUCAAAAUACGUUCAAACUUUUAUUGAAAUUAGUUAAUAACAUACCCACGUGUAAAAAGUCUUUGUCAUUUUUUCCUAUGUGUCAAGUAGGAUUUUCUUAAAAUACAGAAAAAUAUCAACAAUAUUUUGAUGAAUACUUGUAAAAAGUUCAAUUCAAUACCUUUAAUAACAUUCUCGACAAAACAACAGUGUAACUUCCCAGAUACAGUAGCACCUUUGAUGGUCCGAUGUCACAUUGCUUAACGGUAAACCACCGAUACCUUCCGAGUUAUACCAAAGAUGCCUUCCGAAUGACAGUAAAUACAUGAAUAUCAAGGGGUUACGCUCACUUUCGCUCUCUUCAUCCCUGGAAUAUGUCAUAGCAAAAUUAAAGGCAUGGUGGGCG